GUGUCGCAGGGUGGUCUGUUUGGUGACGCAGACAGUGUGCGCCCGUGCAGUAGCAGCAGUAGCAUGAUGGCCGCGAAGAAGCGUGGUCUGGAGCACCUGGAUGAAUAUGAGCCCAAAGCGGCCAAACAGCAGCGCAGCCUGCAGGAGCGGAUGGCUGACCGGCGGCUGGUGGUGGUCCUGGAGGGGGCGUCUCUGGAGACCGUGAAGGUGGGAAAAACCUUCGAGCUCCUCAACUGCGACCAACACAAAAAUCUGAUCGUUAAAAGCGGCAGAAACCCGGGACACAUCCGGCCUGACAUCACACACCAGUGCCUCCUCAUGCUGAUGGACAGUCCUCUGAACCGGGCCGGACUGCUGCAGGUUUACAUCCACACAGAGAAGAACGCCCUGAUCGAGAUCAACCCACAGACCAGAAUCCCCAGAACCUUCAGCCGAUUCUGUGGCCUCAUGGUCCAGCUGCUUCACAAGCUGAGCGUCCGGGCGGCUGACGGACCCCAGAAGCUGCUGAGGAUGAUUAAGAACCCGGUGUCAGACCACCUUCCCCCCGGCUGCCCUCGGAUCUGCACCUCCUUCUCUGCAGGAGAACCGGUCGGUCCCAGAACUCUGGUUCCUGAAGGUCCAGCUGCUGUGGUGAUCGGAGCGUUUGCACACGGAGCGGUGAACGUGGACUACACAGACAGGACUGUGUCCAUCAGUAACUACCCUCUAUCUGCUGCACUCACCUGUGCCAAGUUUUGUUCUGCCUUCGAGGAGGUUUGGGGCGUCGUGUGACUGAUGGUUAUCAUCUGCUCACCUGGACAGACGCUGGACUACAAACCUGUCCGACUUACACCUGUUCCAGUGGACUACACACCUGUUUCAAUGAACGACACACCUCUCCCAGUGGACUUCAAACCUAUUCCAGUAGACUAUACACCUGCUCGAGUGGACUACAAACCUCUCCCAGUGAACUUCACCUGUCUCAGGACCACAAACACUGGACUGAACAUCCAGUCAAGGACUACAGACUGCAGUGUUUCCUGUUGUACUGUUUUUGUAUCUGAUGGGGUUUGGGCUCCAUGUGGGACGUUCUCUGUAUCAGUGUUUCCAUGCAAAAGUGUGGCUGUUUUUUUAUGCCAAUAUAAAAUACUGAGUUUGGAUUAUGAAUUAUUGUAGUUACAUUCAAAUAUUUGACUAUAUUUGGAGUGAUUUUGUUCUGUACAGACUUCAUCCAGACAGUGUUCAGUUUGCUCUGAAGGUUUAUUCCCGUUCACCACCAGCUCGUCUCCUGGGGUUUCCACGUCGUCAUUGUCGUCUUUUAAUGGUCUUUCUUCGUCUUGCUGGUUGUUUGCGGGUUCUUCUUGCUGGUUUCUUUGACCCGGCUGCUGGUCUCCUGGUUUCUGCUUUUAUUUUCGGCGCGGUUGUGGCUUUUCUCGGGGAUCUGCGAAGUGCUGGACUCUGCAUCAGCUUCUCCUUCGCUGCUCGUGGUUUCACCGCUCUCGUUCUGAUUCGCUUUGUGUCUGUCAGCGUCUAAAGCAGAAGCAUCAAACUCAUUUCAGUUCAGGGCCACAUUCAGCUCGAUUUGAUCUCAACGAUCAGUAAAAUCACAACAUAGAAAACCUAGAAAUGACAACAAGUCCAAGUUUUUCCUUUGUUUUAACGCAGAAAACGUACAGAUCAGAGUGUCUACAAAGACAAUUUACUUUAAUUAUUUUACUUUAUGAUCAAAACAACAAAAACAAGACAGUAUUACACAAAGGAGGCACAAAAUGACAAAAGGGAGAAACGAUCACAAAUGGCAUGAAACUAAACAAAGAGACAAAACAUUACACAAAAAAGUUAGAAAGCGACAAAAAAAUGGACAAACAAAAAACGAAAAAGAACGACAAAAAAGUCGACAUGAGACAAAAAAACACAAAGCAACAAAUAAAGUAGACACAAAAUGACAAAAGUAAGAAAAAACAAGCGAGACAAAUAGAAGAAACAACAAAAAUACGAAACAGAUGACAAAAAACAAGACAAAAAAAUAUUCUAAAAACAUGAAACUAAAUGACAAAAGAACAAUCUAGUAUUUUACUCUAUGAUCAAAACGACUUGUCAUGGUCUAGAAAUGAUUUGAAACUCAUCCAUCCAUCCUCUAUACACCGCUUUAUCCUCACUAGGGUCAUGGGGGGUGCUGGAGUCUAUCCCAGCUGACUCAGGUGAAGGCAGGGGACACCCUGGACAGGUCACCAGUCUGUCACAGGGCUACAUAUACAGACACACAAUCACACUCACAUUCACACCUACGGACAAUUUAGAGUAACCAAUUAACCUCAGCAUGUUUUUGGACUGUGGGAGGAAGCCGGAGUACCCGGAGAAAACCCACGCAUGUACAGGGAGAACAUGCAAACUCCAUGCAGAAAGAUCCCAGGCCCAGGCCGAGCCCACAUGCUAACUACUACGGCACUGUGCAGCCCUAUUUUAAAUUUAUAGUUUUACUAAUUUACAAUCUGCAGUUAAUGUCUUCUCUGUAAUUUUUACACUUUGAGGGCCGGAUUGGACCUUCUGGAGGACCUCUUUUGGACCACAGGCCGCCUGUUUGACACCCCUGAUCUAAAAGGUUGAAAAUUACUGAAAUGUUGUAUUACUGUUAACAAAUCCAAGUCAGUUCAAUAUUUGAUGUGACGGAGCUUCACCACAUGAGAAAAUACCAAAAUUAUGAUUGUCACACAAGCAGGAAGUGAUAAAACCACUGAUGUUUAAAAUCAUCAGACUACAACUUAGGAUGUUCAUUACGCAGAGCCUUUGACCCAGAGUUUUGGAAAUAUUACAUUUUGAAGCUGAUAAUGUGCCAUACUGCCUUAAUAAUUGACCUGUUUCAAAGCUCCUAUUUUCGUAUUGGAGGUGUUUUAUUGUUUAUUUACUUUUAUUACUUUAUCAAACUGAACUCAGGUCUUUGACAUUGUUCUGUGUAACCCAGGUUACCAGGCAGGUUACAUCUGCCUCCUGAUAAAUGCAUCUAGGAGAUAGUUUAGAUCUUGUUUAUUAAAAUAAUCCACUCUGUUGAUCAUUGAUUAAUCAGCCUGAGUAAUUUUCUAAUAAAAACAGUCCAAAUUGUGUGA